AUGGAUGAUGAUGAUGAUGAAGAGGCUCAGGAGAAGUUCUGUAAAGAUAUAGAGGUUAGAGAGUCUGGUAAUCACAUGGAGAGAUUAACACUAAAAGGUUCCUCGGAUCCUCUGGUUGUUCCUCUGGGAGGUUCAGUGGUUCUGCCCUGUUCUGUUGAUUCACUCUUAUCACUGGAGGAUCUGGAGGUGGAAUGGAAAAGACCUAAUACAGAGACGCUUGUUCAUCUGUAUGAAGGUGGAGAUAUUAGACCAGAGGCUCAACAUCAGGAUUAUCAUGAUAGAGCUCAUUUCUUCACUGAAGACAUUAAACAUGGAAACUUCUCCCUCCUGUUGAACAAUCUGACAGCUGAAGAUGAGGGACAAUACACAUGUAAAGUUUACUCUGGACAAGAGUCUGGAGAAACUGUGGUGGAAAUUAAACAUGUUGAGCGUUUGAUAGUAUCAGGUUCAAGCCGCUCUAUAUCUGCAUCUGUGGGUGAUGACGUCACUCUGAACUGCUCUGUGAACUCUCACAUCAAACCUGAAGAGAUUGAAGAGGUUUCAUGGAAGAAAACAGAUAAAGGCGAACCAAUCACAGUUCUUCUUUAUCAAUACAAUGAAACUUUAUCAGACGCCUCAGAUGAGCGAUACAGAGACAGAGUUGAGUUCUUCACUGAUGAAAUCCACAGAGGAAACUUCUCUCUCAGACUGAAGAGAGUCAGAACUGAAGAUAAAGGAGUUUACAUCUGUCAAGUGUUUACUGGACGACUUUCAGCAAACACAACUGUAAUACUGGAAAGACUGGGUUUAUCAGAUUUACACAUAUUGGUGUUGAUUCUGUGUAUUGCUGCAUGUGGAUCUGCUCUUUUGUUCUGCUCUCUCAUAUACUGCAGACCGAACACGGGGUUCAUUGUAGAAGGUUAUAACUGUGUUCAUUUUGGAGAUGCAGUGGUUCUGCCCUGUUUCAUUGAUCCAUGUUUAAUAAAAGAAGAUCUGAAGGUGGAAUGGAGUAAAUCAGGCUUGGAGAGUCCAGUGUGUGUGUAUGAAGAUGGAGAUAUCAGACCAGAGGCUCAACAUCAGAAUUAUCAUGAUAGAGCUCAUUUCUUGACUGAGAAAAUGAAGCAUGGAGACUUCUCCCUCCUGUUGAAAAAUCUGACAGCUGAAGAUGAGGGACAAUACACAUGUAAAGUUUACUCUGGACAGAGAUCUGUUUUUUCAGUCAGUGUGAGAUUGAAACACAAAGUCUUUUUUGGUUCGUGGUUCAGUGUGGAACAUUCUAGUAAUCUGGUUGUUCCUCUGGGAGGUUCAGUGGUUCUGCCCUGUUCUGUUGAUUUACUCUUACCACUGGAGGAUCUGGAGGUGGAAUGGAGAAGAUCAGAUUUAAAGAAUCCAUUGUGUGUUUAUCAAGAUGAAGAUAUUAGACCAGAGGCUCAACAUCAGGAUUAUCAUGAUAGAGCUCAUUUCUUCACUGAAGACAUUAAACGUGGAAACUUCUCACUACUGUUGAACAAUCUGACAGCUGAAGAUGAGGGACAAUACACAUGUAAAGUUUACAUACAGAAAUAUGAGUUUUCACUAGGCAGAAAGUUGGUACCGAGACUUCUAGUUUCAGGUUUCUGUCUUCAGAUGCUUUUGGUCUUCUGUCCAAAUCUCAUCAUGUUCUUUGCUUUUAUCUUCUGGGGUGUUUCUGAAGGAUCUGUGAAUGAGAUGAUCAGCUGCUGUGCUCUUUAUUUUCUCAGACCUCUCACUUUACUCUGGGCGGCUCCAUAUAUGAAUGAUUUUAAAGACAAAAUUAAAACGCUGAUUUUGAAGUGCAGUUAUGUUGCUGAAUAUUGUCUUUUGGCAGCUGUUUCGUAUUCAGUUCUUCUUACAAGUACUUGGGAGAAAAUUCUGAAUUAUGCAGAUUUUGACAAAGUUGUGAUAAUAAUCCUGUAUGUAAUAUUGUUUCUGUCCUGCUCCUGCAAGUUUAGUAACAUUGUAGCUUCACAGAUUGGAAAUGGAAAAGGAAGAAUAAAUGAUAUAUUGGAGAUUGUGGCUGAUCUGACUUUUGAAAUACUACCUACAUUAAAAUGUGUCAUUCUGUUUUAUACGUUUGCAUCAAGUGGAGGAGGACUCGUCGCUAUUGCUGUUUUACUAGUUUUACUACUGAUGGCAAACGAAAGAACGUUUUAUAAAUGCGGCAGGUUGGGCUGGUCAUGGCCCGUUAUAAGAACAGUUUGGCUCCUGGUCAUAAUCAUUUUGAAUAUAGUGAUGAUCGGUCUUUACAUCUUUACAUUGGAAAAUGAAACAGAUCCUAUUGGAUGGGUUUGUGUGAUGCUGUUUCUGCAGAUACUCUGGACAGUUGUGAGAUUUACAGAUCAGUCUUAUUACACUUUUAAAUUGGAUUUUCAUCGUUUUGUCGCUCUGUAUGUGUUUGGAUCAGUUGGUGUCGUUUUAAUCAGCGCUGCUGCUCUGAUGACUGAAAUGAUACUGAAAACAGGACAGCUUGCAUCUGAGAUUACAACCUGCCUGCAGUCUUGUAAGAAGACAUUGAGAUCUAAAGUAAAUUCAUCCAGAAGAUCACAGCAGAACAAGAACCAAGAUUCACAGGAGGAUCGGGUGACACUCGAGCUACUGCAUCAAACCAGAACACAGCAGAAUUCAAUGAACAGAAUCCUCAACUGAAGACUCAUGUCUGAUUCACUGAUUCAAUGAACAAUGAGAGAAGAUCAUUCAUCCAGAUUCAUCACAAACACUCUGAUCAUUAGAUAAAAUUCUCAUUUUUAGUGUUUAAUUUUUACUCAUUUGUACUGCCUUUUAAUAUGUGCAUACGUAUGUAUGUUUGAUGGAGUGGAUGCUAAAUAUAUAUGUGUAACUAAACUCAAAUGUAUUUCUUCACUAUACUGUACAUUGCUGAUAUUGUUCAGCUGUAUUAUAUUUGAUAUUUUUUUAUAUAUAUUUUCUUUUAUAUAUUGAUGUUAUGGUUCUUUGGAGUUCAGUUUUCAGUUGUACAGUUUUCAGUGUGAUCUCAGCUCUGUGUUCAUGUUGUAACAAAUAAACCAAUUAAAUUGAAUUGAAACAUUGAUUCUCACAGCAGUGAACAACAGAACAAAAAUAUAAAUAAAGAUGUUUACCUCUCUGAAUGUCUACACUAAUAAGCUGGUGUGUGGUGGGCUUUCUGGUGCAAUAUGGCUGCCGUCACAUCAUCCAGGUGGUGCUCAUUGGUGGUGGUUGAGAAGAUCCCCGUUUCAUAUGUAAAGUGCUUUGAGUGCUUCUGGAGAAAAGUGUUAUAUAAAUGUAACAGAUUAUUAUUAUCAUUAAACAAUAACAGCCAGAAAACUAGACUCUAGAAAAUUCCAAUAAGAUC